AUGAACGAAGAACAUGGCUAUACCGGAAGAACUACUACCAAGUUGAUCAAACGGACAGGCGAACAGCCUCCCAAACAUGCCAAAGGAAAGGAACUGUGCCUCAUUUGGCACACCAAGGGCGAAUGCAAUGAGAACUAUGAAUAUGAUGCUGCACCAGACAUUGAUAAGCUUCUGCACCCUGCCACACCUAUGCUAUACCGAGUAAUGAAGAAUGGGGCUCCUAUGGUGGUUCAUUCGGAGCCAUGGAGCCAGAGCCAACUCGACAUGCGAGCAGCUUGGGGCUGUCACUCAUCAGCAAACGAAUUCAAAGAGUUUCUGAUGGAGGAGUUUUUGGACUUCUUGUCAAGGGCGAGAAGGGACUUUGCCCUUCUACAAUUGGCUGUGUUCCACAAGAUAACAGAAGACCUCAGAUUGUCAGAAAUAUGA